AUGCAUUAAAAAUUUCAAACUGAUACUGCAAAGAAAACUGAAGAUAACUCUAAUUAUUAUGUUGCCAAUAAAGAUAUGUCAAAAAAAAAAAAAGAUAGAGAGAUUGGUUCGAUCUAUAGACAGCAAAAAUGCAAAGAUCGAUUUAACAAAUAUAAAAUCUUAUAACAUACUAAAGAAUGUAAUGCAAGGAAUUAGGGUUGAA